AUGGCUGCGGAUGGCAGAGGCGAUCGACAGGCGCGGGCCGUCACGGUGCAGGGGGAGACUUGGACCUAUCCGCAGAUUACAGAGGAAACAGUCUACCUCGACAACGCCGGUUCAGCCGUGCCCUGCCAGGAGCUGUUAUCAGCAGCCCACAAGCAUCUGGCCACCAACCUGCUGAUCAACAGCCAUACCACGGCAGCAAUAUCGGAUGCUCCCAAAGUUUCGCCGUCCCUCGACACCCAGCUGCGCACCGCCAUUCUCACCCUUCUCAAUGUGAGCGCCGCUAGCCACACGGUCGUGAUCACGGCAUCUGCCACGGCCGCGCUGCAAAUCGUGGCCGAAUGCUAUGCUCCGGGUGAUGCGACGGGCUCUGGCAUGUUCAUGCCUGUCACAUGGAAUCACACCUCCGUCCUGGGCAUGCGCGGACCCCUUGCUCAGCGUGGCCUAACCUUUCAGCCCGUCGCCCCCGACCAACUCGAGUAUCUGGAGGCCACGACAACGGCACUCGCUGACGAGGCAUCCUCUCCAGCGAGCCUCUUUGCUUUACCCGCACAAUGCAAUUUCAGUGGUCGCCUUUUUGACCUCGAUCUCCUCCAGGCCGCACGCGAGGGCCGCCUGACCCACGCCCCCGGCACCCGAUUCCAUACCCUCUUGGAUGCCUCAGCCCUGCUGGCCACCGGAACCCUGGACUUGGCCGCUUGCUGUGCCGACUUUACCGUCUUUUCUUGCUACAAGCUCUUUGGCUACCCAUCCGGCCUGGGUGCCCUUGUGGUCCGCAAUGAGAGCAUGUCGGUGCUGGCCAACCCAGCCUACUUUGGAGGCGGAGGCAUCGCGGUCUACGAUUCUCGUGUCCCUCUGCAACGUCCACACAAGACCACCGACCCCCGUCGCUUUGAGCAUGGCAGUCUACCACAUACUGCUCUGGCAGGAGCGCUGGGUCCAGUAGUUACGUUCAACAUGGAUUGGGCCGACGGCAGCCCCGUCUCUGUGACCGCAGCAGCCCAGGAAUGCCGCGCUGCCGGUAUCAUUAUGCGAAGCGGCUGCAUGUGCAAUGCGGGUGCCUGUCACGAUGUGGCAGGCAACGAUCCAGCGAUGGUACAAAGCCUCAUCGAUGCUGGCUAUCGAUGCGGCAGCCACGAUGACGUCGUGCUGAUCAGGCUCAUGGCAGUUCUUGUGCUUAGGAUGGGCGUUGCAUCGGGGCACUGCGGGCCAGCUUUGGCUUCCACUCCAACGAAAACGAUGUCGAGCGUCUCGUGGCGCAUCUGGACGACUAUUACGUGCGGGGUCGUCGUUAUCAAACGUCUCUUCCCCAUGAGGCGGCCCAGGCUGCUCAAGUGCGCGUGGCGCAGCUGCUGA